CGGGUACGGAUCGAAACGAUCAGCAGUGUGAAUUUGUUUGAUCUUCGAAAAGGAAAAAAAAAUAAUACAAAAUAAAAUACAAGUGUGUGUUCGGAAAAGUGUGGAAAUAAUCGUAAAAAUAACUCAAACUCAAGUCCAUUCCGUUUCCAUUCUGAACAACGAGCUGACAGCCGCAAGUGGCUAAACGGCACAAGGAGCUGCUGUCUGUCUCACUUCUCGAACGGAGAUCGGCGGCCCACCACGGCGUUGGCGUGCAACGUCCUUGACUGAAAGCGGACGGACAGACUUUUGUGGAGAGAAGAGCCACGGCCGCAUCCCAUCCAGUGCCACACGUACAGAUAUAUAUAUCGGACCAUCCCAGCCCACAGACCUGCCCAGAUUGUGACGAUGAAUUGGACGCGCGUGCUGCUAAUCGGGCUGACCGCCUUGGCGCUGACAUUCGUGGAGGUUGCAUCACUCUCACUGGAUCCAGUUGCCUCCGCCGAACUCGAGCAGUUCAUACGAAAAGGCGAUGUUGUCAUAUCCACCAGACACAUAAGACCACGUCGGAAGCUGCACAUUUCGAUAGAAGCCCUCUUCAUGAUCGAUUUCCCCAUGCUGAAGCACAAGAUGUCCUUCUUCUUGGACCGCAAACAGCAGAGGGUCACCCUGGACAUCAGUGCGAAUGGAGCCACCGAGUCGCGCAACUUUGAGAUACCCAACAUCAAUGAGACGAGCACCAUUCGCUCGCUGGCCCUGCAGUUCUCGAAGAAUCGCAUCACCCUCUAUGUGGACUGCAAGGCGAGCACGCAUCAUGACAUCGACAUGAAUCUGGCCAAACUCUACACACAAAUGGACGAUCCAGUGAUCAAGCUGUUCCGUGAGCGAAAGUAUCCCCUGCACUUUGAUGCGGACAUGGAGCACUCCCUGCAGCGGGCCAACUGCCAGAAGGGUCUGCAUCGUCGCGGCAAUCGGCGCAUGCUGCGGAACAAGAUCACGGAGCGUGAGAAGAACAAGAAGCGCGAUGUACGCGGCUGGUACGAGCCAACCAUCUCCCGGGAAGGAGUCACAGAUCAUCGACACCAGGAGGUGCCCACAGACGUUGAGCGCGGCGAUAUACCCAUUCUGCAUGGCGAUUGUGAAGACGCCCUCGCACGAUCACUGAGCGAUUUACUGGCUUUGGUUAAGCUGCUCCGUGAAGAUGUCGCCCACCAGCGCCAGGAGAUUGCCUACCUGCGUAUGCUCUUGGAGAACUGUGCCGGCUGCAAGAAUCCCCUCUCCGGGGACAAUCAGCUGCGACUGGAGCCCACUUGUCGCACGGCGAAUCCUUGUUAUCGCGGUGUCGACUGUCUGGAUUCGGCCGCUGGUCCAAGGUGCGGCCGUUGUCCUGCCGGCUUGAUUGGCGAUGGCAAGAUCUGCAAACCGGGCGUCUCCUGCGCCAACUAUCAAUGCUAUCCAGGCGUUCAGUGUCACGAUACCGUGAACGGAGCCCAGUGUGACUCCUGUCCGGUUGGCUACGAAGGUGAUGGACGCACAUGUUCUCUACGUAAUCCUUGCCUGGACACACCAUGCCCCUCAGGCAACAUUCACUAUCAGAGGCAGAGCCAGUACACGGCCCGCAAAUACUCGGUCAUAACGAACUAAUCCACAGAGCGGGAGAGCAGCGUUUCGACUAAGAUAUACGAGAUAUACAUACAAAUAUGAUUACAAGCAAAAACAGAACAAAGUGUGCACAUAAUGAAUUACUACCUACCAUAAAAUAGUCAUAAGUUGUAAGCUCUAUUGAUUGGCAAAACGGAGGAAUUUUCAAGUAUUAGCAAGCCCCUAAAUCUUCAAAAUAAACAAAAAAAAACAAAAAAACAAUGAUGCAAAAAUAUACCAUGUAACGCUCCCUGUCCCCUCCACCCCAUCCAACCCCUCUUGAUAGAAUGCCCAGAAAGUGGAGUCUAUAAACGUGUAACGAGAUCUGUUUAGCCCCUUCUACCGGCCCCGCCCUACUACUGUAAUAAAAUACGAAUAGAAUCUAAUGAACAAACAAAAAAUGUAUGCUGUAAUGUUUUGGUAUUUAAUAAAUAAA